AUGGGAAAUGAUGAGAUGGUUUGGAAGGAGUUGUGUCAGAGGGAGUAUUCUCAAGUUUUGAAGCAAUCUUCUCACUUGAUUAUCAAUGAAAAGGGCUAUAAGAGAUUGUUCAUUCAACAAUUACAAAUAAUGCAGAGAUAUAAGAAGGGUUUACAUCAUUUGACAUGUCUGGAAGGACACUUGUCAGCAGUUCAAGCAAUGUGCUUCUCCAAAUUGAAGAAGCAGACAACAAUUAACAUCCCAACAUUGUUUUCUGGUGAUAUGAAAGCUUGUUUGUGUCAAUGGGAUUUGAGAUCUACUCUCCAAAUGAAAUCCAUUGAUUUUCAUAGUGGAGAUGAGGGAAAGAUUUUAAAGAUUUUUGAUUAUGAACCUCAGCAAGUGGUGGGAGAAUCUGAUGUUGUCAUGUCCAUCUCUCCUCAUAAUGAUCAAUGUGAAAAGAGACACUUGUGUUUGUCAUGUUCGAGUGGUAAUGAGAGUGAUGGGUCUCAUUCAUCGUUGAUUGUUUUUGAUCCGUCAGAUGGUGUUGUGAAAUAUUUCAUUCAUAGUGGAUUGAAUGAAUCUAAAUCUGGUAUUGAAUCAAAGGUUUCUGAUUUUGAACAUUUCAAUGUUGAAUGGGUUGUGAAUUCAACUUCCAAUAAUUUGAAUGUUUGGAAAUUGGUUGAUGAAAAGUAUGAAAGAAUUCAUCAAAUAGAGUCGAUUAGCGAGUUCCAUAAUUAUAAUAUAGCAAAAAUUGUCAAAUUGACAUCGAGUAGCAAGUUGGUAGCAACGAGUGGAUUAGAUUCAUUUGUUUGCAUCUCCAACAUUGAGAAUGGAGAAGUGAUAGGAAAAGUGUCAACUUUGCACACUUCUCCAAUUAAUAAUUCUUUGAGAGUUUUGAAUUUUGGUGAAAUGGUAUGUCUCUUGAGUGUGGAUAUGAAUGGUUCAGUGGUAAUGAGCUAUUGUAAAGAAGAUUCAAUGGAAGAUAUCAAAUCAUGGAAACAAUAUUUAAUAGCGGAACAAUCCAAUUCUGGAAGGGUCAAGAUAACUUGUGAGGUAACACAACGAUCUGAUGAAGAGUUUAUAAUCUCCAUUUCCUACCAAGACAAGACAUUACAGGUGAUAUCCUGUAAAUUACGAUUUGAGGAUGGAAAAUUAUCGAGCAUUCAUUCUUUACAACACAAUGAAUCCUUGCCAAGCUCAUGCACCAAUAUUGUUCUCACUCCAGAGAAGCUUAUUUGUUCAUGCAGAGAUUGUACAGUGAGAUUGUUCUACAUUGGAAAGAGUGGUUCUUCUUUGAGUUUAACUGAAACAGUCGAGUUGGAUUGUAGUGGAUCUCAAUGUAAUUCCAUGUUGUUGAUUCCAGAUCAGUCAAUUCUUUUGCUGGGUCUCUCAGAUUCUGCCAUCUUUUUUGUCAAAUUUAGUCCAAGAUAUGAAUGGGAGUAUCCUUCAGAUUUUGAACUUGGAACGGAUGAUUUGCAAUACGAUCACACCAAUCAUGCCUACCUGAAAAUAUUCAAAGAUUUCAGCAUUGACCAUGCCAAACCAUGCACUGAGAGAAAACCAAUUCAAUGUGUAACAUUCUUGGAGGGAAUAUUUGAUGAUAAAUUAAUUGGCACCAAAUUCACCAAGAAUACCAGUUACCUGAUUCAUAAUUUAUUGAGUGAGGAAGAAUGUCAACACUUGAUCGAGCAAACAGAAAAAUUAAGCUAUGAGGAUUUGUAUGGUUAUGCUAAGGAAUACAGAUCUAAUAAGAGAGUCAUUGUUGAAGACAAGAUUUCUGCACAAAUUCUAUUCGAAAGAGUAAAAUCAAUGGCUCCUCAAGUUUACGUCGAUCCAGAAUCAGGAGAUACCUGGGACUUGGCAUUCCUCAAUUCUAGAUGGCGAUUCUGCAAAUACACACCAGGUCAACACUUCCUUGCUCCUCACUAUGAUGGUUGUAUUGAGCUCGAUGGUGAUACUCGUAGUUUUUACACAUUCAUGUUCUAUCUCAAUGGUGAUUAUGAAGAGGGAAGAACCACAUUUAUCAAAUCACAUACCUUCCCACCUGCACCACCAUUUGAAAUCAAGGGACACGUUGAGCCAGAACCAGGUCUGUGCAUCAUUUUCCCACACAAUAUUCUUCACUAUGGCUCAGUUCUCAAGAGUGGCACUAAAUAUUUGAUGAGAAGUGAAUUAAUUUACAAGAGAAGAAAGAAUUAAUAUGUGGAAUAAAGUUUUAUCAGAUUGGAAUCAUAAAGACUGUUGCAAUUUCAAUGUUAAUGAUUCUUUUCCACAUGUGCAAGUUGUGGGAAAAUAUCUUGGGAGUUUCAAAAUAAAUAGCCCGCGCUU